UUAUGAUCUCGAUCCUCUCUCCCACGUCCUCCCAUCCCAUUUGCACCUCUCACAAUUCUCUAUAGAUUGCAAAGGGGUGGCGCCGCGCAAUCAUAUCAAUAUUCAGGGCGAAUCUCCAAAUUCUCAAUGACCAUCCAAAGUCAUCUCCUUUCAUCCUUAGCUCCCUAAUUCCCCCCUCAACAUUUCAACUGGGUCUAUCCCAUUUUCUCUAAAGACUGCAAUCCUUCGACCCUCCGUGCUCUUUUUCAGAUCGUUGAUUGUUUCAGAUGUUAAUUUUUACGCGUUUGGGAGGACAUCUGUCUCUGUCUUGUCUGUAAAUCAUUAUUGUAAUUCCCCUCAACUGAGCCUUCAUUAAAGCCGCCUUCAGUUUCUGCACAAAGCUCCCAUCAGUUUCUGAGCAGAGCUUUCUGCUUCUUCUUCUUCUUCCCUCUCAGCUCGUUCAAGAAAUGCCCUUUUAUAUGAUAAAGCUGCCUUUUUUAUCCAUACUAUGAUCCUUCUCUAAAACACGGGGAAGCAAUUUUCUGAAAGCUUUGGGGAAACUGUUUUCCAGGAACUCAUUGUUCUGGGACUUUGUUUCGGGCUUUCAGUUCUGUGCGAUGGGCUGUGCAGGGUCAAAGCAGAAGCGGUGCGAGCGCUGCAAGGCACAAUACACGCCGGUCCGCCGGAGCUACUCGGUGCAGCUGGAGCACCAAUUGGAACAGGCCAAGAGCGAGAGCUUCCACUUGGUGGCUCUCACCUCCUCUACGUUGGGCUCUCUCAAGCUCGACCUAUCGACGAGUCUAAGUGAUGCCAGCCACUUGGAUUUUGAUUUUGUUAAAAAUAAAGGUGGUGUUGAUCUGAAGAACUGUAAUGGGAAGAGCGGGAAGGAGCAGUUCCUAGAGGGAAUAGUCGAGGCCAAGACGUGGUCGAAUAUGAUCGAGCAGAAGAUCCCAAAAACACCCACCAGGACGCCCGAGGGAGAGCCGGAGAGGAUUGAUGUCCGGGAGCUGAUGAAGGGCCUUGAGGAUAUCAGCCCCUUCUGGUCCCCUAACCAUUUCCGUAGCGUUUCCUCCGAUGCCGUCAUGAGUCCUAUUCACGAGAAUUUCAAGUUGGACGGCUCUGACUUCGAUCCCACAGAGAUAUCUUCCUUUAGGAAGUCACUUGAAACGCUCUCACCGUAUCGCCUGUCUCCCCUGAAUGGUCAUAAAUCGCCCAAACCAAUCCGAAAAGAGCGAGUGGUGCUUUAUUUUACAAGCCUUCGAGGGGUGAGGAAGACCUACGAGGACUGCUGCAGUGUGAGGCUCAUCCUGAAGGGGGCUGGAGUCCGGGUUGACGAGAGGGACGCGUCGAUGCACUCAGGGUUCAAGGAGGAGCUGAAGGUGCUGCUGGGAGAGCGGUUCCCCUGCAGUGGUACUGCCCUCCUCCCGAGGGUGUUCCUCGGGGAGAAGUACAUUGGGGGGGUGGAGGAGAUCCGGAGGCUGCACGAGGAAGGGCGGCUCGAGAAGGAGCUCGAAGGCUGCGAGAUGGUGGGGGAUCAAGACAGCAACGGGGACUGCGAGGCCUGCGGGGAUGUCAGGUUCGUGCCUUGUGAGACAUGUUCGGGGAGUUGCAAGAUUUACCACGACGAACUGAUCAAAGGAGGAGGAGUUGGUGAUGAGUGUGAGAAUAGUAAAGGAGGGCAUGGGGAGAGUGAUCAGUUUGGGUUCCAGAGAUGCCCUGACUGCAAUGAGAAUGGGCUUGUGAGGUGCCCUUUGUGUUGUUUUUGAUUUGUCGAAGGCAAAUAUUACAAAGACAAUGUUGUCUUUGAGUUUUCUUAUGUUGUUGUACAGGCAAAGAGUCUGCAAUUGCAAUACGUUUGAAUUGAAGGGAAGAUUCAAUCAAUGUGUCUUGUUUUCUUGCUCUUC